CUUUUGAGUACCAUAAUUCCACAAUUCCAUCAUACUCGCAAGACAGAUUCAGAGUUUCCUUCCAAUUGACAGACCUAAACAACUUUGAUCAACAAAGAUGGUUGAUGCCCUUAUUCUUCGAGUUGUUCUUCAGAACAUCAACUCCUUACUUCAGGAGGAGUUUGCUUUGGUAUGGGGAGUCGAUCGAGAGAUGAGAAAGCUUUCUAACACCUUAGCUACAAUUCAAGAUGUAUUGGAGGAUCCUGAGGAGAAACAGUUGAAGGAUAAGACGAUCAAAAAUUGGUUAAAGAAACUCAAGGAAGCGGCUUAUGAUGCAGACGACAUCUUAGAUGAGUGUGCGGCCAAAGCACUUGAGGUGAAAGCCCAGUUGGGAAACUGCAACAACUCUACUAACAAGGUAAGUCAAUCUUUCUUAUCUUGGUUCAAUUUUAAACAACUUUUGUUUCGUCGCAACAUUGGACACAGAAUAAAAGAUAUUAGAGAGAGAUUUGAUGAUAUUGCUGAUGAGAGGUCCAAAUUUCAUCUGAACCCGCGGGGAAUUGUGGAAUGGGCUGUUAAUGAGAGCAGUACUGAACGAGAGACUAGCUCCAUUCUGCCUACUGAACACCAAGUUUAUGGAAGAGAAGGGGAUAGAGAAAAGAUAGUUAAAGUAUUGCUAGACAAUAAUAGCAACCCAAAUUUAUUGAUUUAUCCAAUAAUCGGAAUGGGUGGUCUUGGGAAGACCACACUUGCUCAACUAGUCUACAACGAUGAAAGAGUGAAAAAUCAUUUUGAGACCAGAAGUUGGGUUUGUGUAUCUGAUGAUUUUGAUAUAAAAAGCCUUACCAAAGCAAUCAUAGAAUCCAUGGGUGGAACUGCAAAUGAUCUCACUGAGUUGGAUCCAAUGCAAAGCCGCCUUCGUGAGAUGUUGAGUAGGAGGCGGAGAUUUUUGCUUGUACUUGAUGAUGUUUGGAAUGAAGAUCAGGACAAAUGGGACAGGGUGAAAUCUUCAUUAACAUGUGGAAAUGAAGGAUGUGCAUUUCUCGUAACCACUCGUGUGGAGAAAGUAGCAUCAAUCAUGGGCACAUUUCCUGCUCACCACUUGAAAGGACUCUCAGAGGACGAUUGUUGGGAUUUGUUCAAGCAACGUGCAUUUGGAGAUGCGAGAGAAGAGAUUGCAAACUUGGUAGUGAUUGGGAAGGAGAUUGUGAAGAAGUGUGGAGGUGUACCUCUGGCUGCAAAGGCUUUAGGAGGCUUAAUGCGCUUCAAACACACAGAGACUGAAUGGUUGUUUAUGAGAGACAGUGAAAUUUGGGAUCUACCAGAAGACGAAGAAAAUACGAUAUUGCCAGCAUUGAGACUCAGAGGCCGUUUGGUAGUGUUCAUAAAAAACGUUUCUAGCAUUUUUGAGUGUUAAUAGAACCAAAAAACGCAAAAAACCGUUUGGUU